AUGAACUUCUCCGUCUCGACUCUUCUUAUCCCUCUGGUGGCACUUGCCAGUGCUUGGGAGCAGAUUGAUAAGGAGAAUGCGCUCGUCGCCAUCGUCGACGUCCAGGUCGGCCUGUUCUCUCUGGUCCGCGACUUCGAUCCUGUCUCUUUCCGCAACUCGAUCCACGCCCAUGCAGACCUCGCCAAGACGUUCGGCCUCCCUGUAGUCUUGACUACCUCUGCUCAGUCUGGACCCAACGGCCCCAUGUCCAGCGAGAUUCUCGACAUGUUCCCGGACGUCAAGGUCAUCCAACGCAACGGCGAGAUCAAUGCCUGGGAUAAUGCCGAGUUCCGCGAAGCUGUCGAAAAGUCUGGCAAGAAGCAGAUCAUCAUUGCGGGUAUCGCGACCGAUGUUUGCACGACCUUCCUAGCCUUGUCCCUCAAGGAGGCUGGCUACAGCGUGUGGGCCAACGCCGAGGCCUCGGGCACCACGACCGAGUUCGUCCGCUCUCUGUCCAACGACCGCAUGGCCCGCGCUGGCGUCAAUGUCGUCUCCUGGUUCGCCAUUGCUGCGGACCUCCUCCGCGACUGGCGCUCGCCCGACGCCCCCAGGAUGAUUCCCUUCUUCGACCGGUGGAUGCCUGCCUACGGUGCUGUCGCACGCGCGCACCUCGGCGCUGUGAACAACGGCACUGUCUUCCCUGGCGAGGAUGAGUUUUGA